CCAUGGUGUCCCCCACAUGUGUGACCGUCUGUGCCGCAGGUAAACAGGCUCACCGAGGAACUCUUCCGCUGCUGCUUUGUUCCGAGCUACAAACAUGGCGUCCUCAGUGCUGAAGGUUGCAGUGGCAGGCAUUUCCAGAUGUUCUCGUGUCGCGCUGCUGAGGGCACAUUCAACGACGGCGUCCCUCCAUCAGGGCGUUCCUGCAUCCCUGUGGAAGCUGGGGAGGCUGAACCACAUUGCCAUCGCCGUGCCUGACAUGGAGAAGGCCACGGCUCUGUAUCGGGAUGUCCUGGGGGCCACGGUGAGCGACAAGGUGCCCCUGCCUGAACACGGUGUCUACACGGUGUUUGUGGAGCUCGGCAACACUAAGCUGGAACUGCUCCAUCCUCUGGGGGAGAAGAGUCCCAUCGCCGGCUUCUUACAUAAGAACAAGUCUGGGGGGAUGCAUCACAUUUGUAUUGAGGUAGAUGACAUUAAUGCUGCAAUAGUCGAUCUGAAGGCAAAGAACAUCAGAACUCUGUCAGCGGAGCCUCGGAUAGGAGCUCACGGGAAACCUGUCAUGUUCCUUCAUCCGAAAGACUGUGACGGUGUGCUGGUGGAGCUCGAAGAAGCCUAAACAUCUCAGUCUGACAGCAUUUAUGUCAGAUGUUUAUUCACAUUUAUAUAUUCCACAACCAGUUUGCUAUCUGAUGAUAACAGGUGGUUCCUCACAGCACUUCUCCUUUCAGGCAGGUGGUUUUUCCAGUUUUGUUUCACUUCUGUUCUUUACUUUCCUGUUUUGGUGUGAAUAAAUGAUUGUGUGGUGUGUGAUUGUUGUCUCUUUAAAAUGUAGUGCCAAUGAAUGCAGCUUUGACUUUCUAUAAUGCUGUAAUCACAUACAUUUGUCUGUAACACAGUAGAGUGAUGCCUUACUGUACGACUCCAAAUAGGAUGCUAGAUUUUGACUCCCAACAAAAAUCUAUAUAAAAUUUUGUCAAGUACUUAUGAUUCUGUGCUGCAACUUGUAGUCUUGUUAGUUCUAAAUCACCACUAGAGGGACUAACUGCUGUACCAUGUCCCUGAACAAAAACAAGUCUGUGAUUACAAAACAGAAAAACUGUGGGACGCUAACAUAAAGGCCUCCUGGAAACAAUGAGUCAGAGUUGGAAAUCCUGUGAUUACUCUACUUAUUUUAAAAUCUCUAGAAAACAAUUUAACAUACGUGUUGUAACUUUAAGAGCUCAUCUUUGGAACUAAGGAUCCAAGGAGCCUAUGAAACACUGACACUGUUGAGACCCUAAUAACAAAUACUACCUAAUUUGGCAUCAAGCUGCUUAUUUGGAGUUCUGGUGUAUACUUUCUGGAGGCCACAGGCUCUGAGAAAAACCAUAAUCGUGUUCUUGACAUUCAGAUAAACAGUGAUUAUUUUUCUGCUU